UCUGGGAGGGACACUAGAAAUCUGCCACAGGUUUUCCCUUGCUGGGGCAGAGAUGGAUCUGGAGAGUUUGCAUGGGCUGCCUAUUAUCAACAACUACGUGGAAGGGACCCAGGCAGGGGUGAGGGACAAGGCCUCCCUGAGUGGCCUGCACUUCAGGGACAGCAAGAGGAAGGUCGACUACGUCUUGGCCUACCACUACCGCAGACGCCUGGCCCAGCACGUGCCCGGUGCAGCCUCCCCGGAGCCGAGGUGCAGAUCCGCCUCCGUGGCCCUGGUUUCAAAUGGAGACACCGGGAAGGGGCGUGCUGAGCCCCAGCAGCAGCAGCAGGAUGAUGGCCAGCGUGCCCUGCAGGAGUGGCCGGGGCUGCCCGGCCUGGAGGUGGUGGAGCUCAGCCCGCUGGACACCCUGGAGGAGGAGAGGCGGCUGCAGCGGGAGGAGUACGAACACAACCUGCUGGAAGCGGGGCUGGAGAUCGAGAAAGACCCUGAGAACAAGAGCCAAGGACUGAGUUUUGUCCGUAUACACGCGCCUUGGCAAGUCCUCAGUCGAGAAGCAGAACUCCUUAAAAUAAAAAUGCCCACUAAAAAGAUGUAUGAAAUCACAGAAGAAAAGGGAAUACUCAAAACGUUAAAUGAAAUAUGGUGCAAAUUGACUGAACCUCUGCAACCCCAGGUGCCACAGCAAGAAGAUACCAAGAUGAAAACCUUGUCCUACCCAUUUUCCAGAGAGAAAAUAUAUUUGUAUAACAUCAAAGACAAAGACACCUUUUUUGACAAUGCAACCCGCAGCCGAAUAGUGAGGGAAAUUUUGAAGCGCACAUCUACAAAGGCCAGAAACAGCAUGGGCAUUGGCACAUUAAUAGCAAACAAUGUUUAUGAUGCAGCCUACCCACUUCACGAUGGUGAAUAUGAAGGCCAAAAUGAUGACAUGAAUGAAAGAAAGUUGCUGUAUCAAGAAUGGGCAAGAUAUGGAGCAUUUUACAAGUUUCAGCCUAUCGAUCUCAUAAGGAAGUAUUUUGGAGAAAAGAUAGGACUUUAUUUUGCAUGGCUGGGUUUAUACACAGAAUUCCUCAUUCCAUCUUCAGUAGUUGGGAUUAUUGUAUUUCUAUAUGGAUGUAUAACCAUUGAAAGUGACAUUCCUAGCAAAGAGAUGUGUGACCAGCGCAAUGCCUUCACCAUGUGCCCCCUGUGUGACAAGUUCUGUGAUUACUGGAACCUCAGCUCUGCCUGUGCCACUGCUCGAGCAAGUCACUUGUUUGACAACCCUGCCACGGUUUUCUUCUCCAUCUUUAUGGCUCUCUGGGCGACCAUGUUCCUUGAACAAUGGAAGCGUUUGCAGAUGAGAUUGAGUUACUUCUGGGAUCUAACUGGACUGGAAGAAGAAGAGAAGUUGGUAAAGGAGCAUCCCAGGCCAGAGUAUGAAACCAAACUGCUGCAGAAAAAGCUGAAAAAUAAGAACAUCACAACAGAAAGUACAGACAAGGAAAAAGAGAAAUAUUUUCAAGAAAAUUCAACUAACAAAACAAAACAAAGAAUUAAUACCCUGCUUGCCAUUGUAAGGGUAAAUGAAAAGGAGAAGCUGACAUGGAGUGACCGCAUGCCUGGAUAUGCAGCAAACUUUGGAUUGAUUCUAUUUAUGAUCAUGCUGGCGUUUUCAGCAGUGUUUGGUGUCAUCGUGUACCGAAUCACCACAGCAGCAGCCUUGUCCUUCAGCGGAAACGAGACAACCAGGUCCAACGUUCGAGUGACCGUGACUGCCACUGCUGUUAUCAUUAACCUCGUGGUGGUCCUCAUCCUCGAUGAAAUUUAUGGAGCUGUGGCCAAAUGGCUGACAGAAAUUGAAAUACCAAAAACAGAGAAAAUUUUUGAGGAAAGACUGAUUUUGAAGGCAUUCCUACUGAAGUUUGUGAAUUCUUAUGCAUCAAUUUUUUAUGUUGCCUUUUUUAAAGGAAGGUUUGUUGGCCGUCCUGGUCGUUAUGUGUAUGUGUUUGAAGGUUAUAGGAUGGAAGAGUGUGCUCCAGGAGGGUGUCUGAUGGAACUCUGCAUUCAGCUGAGCAUCAUCAUGCUUGGAAAGCAACUGAUUCAAAACAAUCUCUUUGAAAUUGGAAUCCCGAAGCUUAAGAAGCUCUUUAGGAAGCUGAAGGAUGAAAGAACUGAGGUAAAGGAAAUGGACACCAACCAAUCCAAGGACCCUCAGCAGUGGGAUCUCGACUACAUCUUGGAGCCUUUCACUGGGCUGACUCCGGAAUACAUGGAAAUGAUUAUCCAGUUUGGGUUUGUCACACUCUUUGUUGCCUCCUUCCCUCUGGCCCCUGUCUUUGCGCUUCUGAACAACGUCAUCGAGGUUCGUCUUGAUGCAAAAAAAUUUGUUACUGAGCUGAGGAGGCCAGACACAGUGAGAGAAAAAGAUAUAGGUAUUUGGUAUAACAUCUUGAGUGGUAUUGGAAAGCUUUCAGUGAUUAUUAAUGCUUUUGUCAUUGCUGUCACCUCCGAUUUCAUCCCACGCCUUAUGUAUCAAUAUGCAUACAGCCAGAAUGGAACCAUGCAUGGCUUCAUCAAUCACACCCUCUCAUACUUCAAUGUCAGCCAGCUCAAGGCUGGGACACAGCCAGAAAACUCCCUGUUUGCACAGGAGGUUUCAUUCUGCAGGUUCAAAGACUACAGAGAACCACCUUGGUCCCCACACCAGUACGAGUUUUCUAAGCAGUACUGGGCGGUCUUGUCUGCUCGCUUGGCUUUUGUGAUUCUAUUUCAGAACCUGGUGAUGUUCCUCAGUGUUCUGGUUGACUGGAUGAUUCCUGACAUUCCCAAGGACAUCAGUGAACAGAUCAAAAAGGAGAAGACCGUGCUUGUUGACUUCUUCCUGAAGGAAGAGCAUGAGAAGCUGAAGCUGCUCGAAAGCUUUAUGGCCCACGACAAGCGGAAACGCAGGAGCGGGAGCAAAAGCAGAAGGAGCAGGGCUGCCAGCUUCUCCCAGUGUCACCGCAGCCCCAAGGGCAGCUUCACCUCCUUCAGCUCCCAGCACACCGUGGUGUGACUCCUGAGGGAAGGGGACAGCCUGUGCUUGCCUCUGCUUACUGUGUGAUGUGAUUCUGAGCCUGGAGCAAGGGAGGGAGAGAAGGGACAGGGAGAAAAGGAGGCUCUUUGUUUCCUUAGGGUCUCCAGAUGCGAGGGGCUCUGUUACAAUUUAAAUGCCCUCUGGGCUGCAGCAUUUCCAGAUUUCAUCAGUGCGAGAUAAGGGCUAUACUGGGGCUGUAGCUGGCUCCUGUGGUGACAGUGCAUGCAAGCUGGGGAGGCAUGCAGGAAUUCUCCUGGCAGGAAUUCUCCUGGCAGCCAUCCCUCCUCCUGCAGAUGCCCAGUGAGGCAUGGGGCACUCCUGCUUUAGUCUCUAUCCUUGGGCAGGUUGGACUGACUGGAGAAGGACUGACCAUGGAGAAGUGCACACACCUCAUGGUCUCAUUGGCUGUAGCUGCCAGUGAAGGGUUUGCAAACAUGUGGAGUCUCAAGGAGUCUUUGUGCCUUCCUAACCUAUUCUGCCACAGGGUGCCACCUCUGGAGGGCAUGCAGGGCUCUGGGAGAUGUGGGAACAGAAGGAAUUUAAAUCACUGGGCACUUGCAUCUAUGGAUAUAUUGUGCUUUGCUUAGCAGGAGCUGGAAGGCAUGUGCUGGUGAGCAGGGAGGCCAUCAGAAUGGCUGAAGCUGCCAGAACCAGGGAAGCUCCUUGGCACCCAUUGUCCUGAACAAAAAGCUAAAACCAAACCUUGCAUGUUUGAUUCUCCUCUCACUUAGUCUUGGAAUUCAGCCAGUGUCAAGAAGAAUCAUGCCACUGAACCACCAGUGCAAAGCUGAGGAGUGAGAAUGGAAUCAAGCCCUGGAAAUCAUGUGGCAUCUCCAUGUACACAGCAUGUAAAGUAACAAAAAUUGCUGCUGUUGUGAUUUACUGUAAAGUAAAAUAUUUUGCAGAACUGCAUUUCACUGGAAGAUAUACAUAUUCACUAACCAAGCUUUCACCUACAAGCAUUUAAGGAAUAACUUUACUCUGUCAUGAAUGAAAAUUAAACUUUCUUAAAAAAUCA